UGGGGCGGGCCUGCUCCGGGCUCCGGCCGAGGGACGCUGCUCCUCCUCCUCCUGCUGCUGCGGCGGCGGCGGCGCCCGGUCUGCUCCUGGGCCCGGCGGCGGCUCCGUCCCGUGCGGGCAGCCCGGGCGCGAGGGAGCCCCAGGAGGCCCCCCUCCAGCAGCCCCGGGCCAGGCCUGCCCCCCAGCAAGGAGCGCGCCCCGCUGGUCUGCAGGCAGGGAGGCAUCUCGGCCCUGUCCGUGCAGCGGGGGGGGGGGGGCUGCCUCUGGGCGGCCAGCAGGGAGCUCCUUCGGCAGCUCCGGGUCCCUGCCUGUGCCCCCUCUCCCCCCCCCCGCCAGAAGCCUCCUCCUUGGGGGAACUGGCCCGUGUGUGGGGCCAGCUUGCCUGCCUGCCUGCCUGCCCGCUGCUUGCGGCUGGGCUGUUGCGGCCUGGCCUGGCCCCGGCCCCUGACUGGGCUUGAACCUGCCAGCGCCUUGCUGAGCCCUGUCGGGGUCCUUCAGGCUGCCCCUCCCUGGCCAAGGGGUCCCUCUCUGGGGGAGAGCACCUUGCUCCGCCAUGGGGGCUUGAAUCCCGCCCCGUGGCCUGGCUGGGGGUGUGGAGGGGGAUGUCUCUGUGUGGCAAGCCGUCUUCCUUCUCUCCUGGGCAGCCCCGAGAGUAACUUCCCGAGACGUGGGCUGACAUGCGUGAGCCCCUCCUGGAGGGCAUGGGGUUUGCCCUCAAGUACCUGGGCAUGACGCUGGUGGAGAAGCCCAAAGGCGCGGACAUGGCAACUGCUGCCAUCCACCGGAUCAUUGCCAUGGCUCGGGUAGGCCCCAAGAAGUUCCAGAAGGUGAUUCUAACUGUCUCGCCACGAGGCCUUUCUCUUCAGGAUGCUGAGACCAAGGAGACCAUUGGAAAUGUCUCCAUUUACAGGAUUUCCUACUGCACUACGGACAAGCUGCAGAACAAGGUCUUUGCCUACGUGGCCCAGAACUCGCAGAGCGGUGCCCUGGAGUGCCAUGCUUUCCUGUCGCCCAAGAAAAAGAUCGCCCAGGCGGUGACUCUGACGGUGGCCCAGGCCUUCCAGGUGGCGCUGGAUCUCUGGGAAGCUGCCCAGGCAGGAGGAAGAAGAGGAGGAGGAGGAAGAGGAAGAGGAAGGAGAUCUUGGCACAGCCUUCUUCACUGGAUGCGGGGAGCUUUUCUGGCGGCAGCUCCCCGAUCACCCAGUUCCAGCCAGCGGCCGCCUGGGGCUGCAGUGACCCCCGUGGCGGUGGCGGCGGUGGCGGCAGCUGCCUGCCUCCGGGGCUGCUCUUCUAAGAGUCGGGCCGGUCCGCCCUCCCUGCAGCCUCCAGCACCACUCCGCCUGCCCAGCACGUCCGCCACGCACAAAGGGCCGCCCGCCCGCCCGCCCGCCCUCCUCUGCUCCCCAGCCGGGCCGGGAGACCGUGGCAUCGCCAGCCUGGGCCUGCCGCCUCUGCACUCGCCAGGCUUCGGGGCCUCCUUCUGAGGCUGCUCCUGUGAGGGCGCUUGGUGCAGGCGCCCGGCGCCCCCCCCCGCCCCCCCCGGAGGCCGCCCUCCCAGCCUCCUCUUCACCCCACGCUUGGGAGGGAGCUGCAGGGGAGCAGGUGGACUCUGGCCUCUCCUCCCUCCCUCCCCAUCUCCCAGUCUCUCAUCACCGCCAAGUCACAGCGUUGUAGCAAAAGACUAGUUUUUAAUGCCCUUUUUUCGGAAGGGAAAUAAACCAUUUCUACUCUC